CACCAACGAUGACACUUCUUCCGGUUCUGCAAUGCCCUUAAGAGGGGUCCGAGACAAAAUAUCUUCCACAAGUUUAAUCGAACACAUGGACAUUCAUAAUUCUAACAACAAACAAUUAAGGAGAUGAUAUGAUAUGGUGAUCCUUUGACCAAGCGGCAUUAUCCACAUACACAUGGUACCUAUGACACUUUGUCGUGGUGAGUUGCAUCUGCGUGUGACUGCAAGAUAUGGCUCUUGUUCUCAACGUCUCAUUGUGUUCCACUUGUAAACCCCAUCUUUCUCUCUCAACCUCCAAUCCCAACAAAGCUUCUUCUACUUUUCCUUUUCCUCUUCCUCUUCUGGGACUCAACAUAAAGAAAAGUCUCCAACCAUCUCAGAAACUCACAUUUUCAUUGGGUGAAUCCGUGUCUGGUGCCACCCUCGUUGCUCUCCUCUCUGCUUCUUUCAUCUUUGUUGAUCCCGCACUUGCAUUCAAGGGUGGAGGGCCAUACGGGCAAGAAGUGACAAGGGGACAAGAUCUCACUGGGAAGGACUUCAGUGGCAAGACUCUGAUCAAACAAGACUUCAAAACGUCCAUACUGAGACAAGCCAAUUUUAAAGGUGCAAAGUUAAUAGGUGCUAGCUUCUUUGAUGCUGAUUUAACAGGUGCUGACCUUUCGGAUGCUGAUCUUAGAAAUGCAGAUUUUUCCCUGGCAAAUGUGACAAAGGCAAAUUUAAGCAAUGCUAACUUGGAAGGUGCACUUGCAACAGGAAAUACAUCUUUUAAGGGAUCAAAUAUUACAGGCGCUGACUUCACGGAUGUACCACUAAGAGAAGAUCAACGUGAAUACCUCUGCAAAGUUGCUGAUGGAGUGAACCCAACAACUGGAAAUGCUACGCGUGAUACAUUGUUCUGCAAUUAGUAUUCCAUUGCUGAAUACUCACUCCAAGACCUUCAAAUGUUUGCAUAGAAUGGUUUCAUAGCUAACAAAAUACUCCCUUCAUAUUGCUGGAAUCUUGUAUUUACAUAGCACCACAAUUUAGAUUAUUCCAAAUUUCCAUUCCCCAUACACACACUUGACAAUAACAUUGUGAUGUAAUGCUCAUAACCAGCCUACCUAUGUUAUAUAUUAUUAUUAUUGUAAUCAUAUAGCAAAAAUCCUUUCA